AUGGCGAAGGCGAACACGGACAAGGAGAACGCGACGGAGAUAGAGAGGGAGGCGGACGAGGAGGAAGCACCAGUGGACGAGGAGCACGAGAAGCAAGGAGGAAAAAAGGCGAGAAGCAGCAUUGUCGCCGCUAAUCACCACUAUCACCACCAACACCACCACCACCACCAACAUCCGCUCGGCAGCAUAACGCAAGCCUACCGUCACCACCACCAUCUCCACAACCCGUACCAAACCCACUAUCAGAACAUGCAGACAGGCCGGUUUCUCCGCAGCAAUACAUCCACCAAAGAACCUUGUUUUUCUUACUCUUCCUCUACUACUACUGCUACUAUUACGGCUACGGCCACGACAACUACUACUACCACCAGCACCGCUACUGCUACUACCGCUACUACUUCUUCAGCUUCAGCGCCGCUUUCGAUCACUUCCGGCGGGGACAAACGCAACUUGGAAGAAGAAAAACCGUUCCGAAACGGUAGACCUUCGUAUCCUUCGGCCCCAUCGUUACCCAUCGCCGAGGAGAAAGAGCGGGAGCGGGAGCCAGCGGAAGAGGUGCAGGAGCGAGAGGGGGAGACGGCAGUGGUGGUGCCUGGUGCGGUGGUGCGAUCUUCCUUCAUCAGCUUCGGGACCAAUCGAAUAGCGCAGUCAGAGUCACCGCCAAGGGCCGAGGCGGCGGCUGUCAGCAAGAAGAACUCCCCCGCCGCCACCGCCACCGCCGCCAGUAUUGGUGAGCGGCCAACGAUGGCGGCAAAGCAUGACAAGCGGUGCACCGUCCCAUCCACGGUCAACCUCAACAACAACAACAACAGUACAUUCCGUAGCUGUGACGGACCGUCGCCAUACGUUGGGCUGCGCGGUCAUGUUCCGACGAACGCCGAGCGCAAAGCGUACCCUCCCACGCCGCCUCCAGCCCUGGAGAAGGUGGAUUGGCGGCGGUCGGAACCAGCGCCCAAGGAGAGCAGGCCUACGAAACCACCACCACCACCACCACCACCACUAGCACCACAGGACCACGACAACAACAUUGCCAUACGUUCCCCACGGAGCGGAGCCCUGUACAAUGAGCAGAGGGUGGCGCGGAAGGGUGUGAUACGCGAGGAGCCCGGGGUGCCCAGUGGUGACCACUAUCGGCAGCUACCAUCGGCGAAGGGUCGCCCCGCUCCGCUACCCCAGGUGGUGCCCGAGGGAACGGUGGUGCGGUGCUCCGUCAUCCAGCGGACGCCCGUCGUCGUCAAACUAUCGUCGCCCGUGGAACCACUCCAGCAACCGCCGGCGGGUGUCGAUCCCAACCCGCGGGCCGUCGACUUGAAGGUGCGCGUACCGGUGGCGCUGAUCGCGGAACCGGAGCAGGAGCAACCGAUCGACUACCACAUACCGAAGCGCCCGCCGCCGACCGCGGCCGCUGAAGGGCCGCGAAACGAAGCGGAGGAGGAAGAGAACAGGGGCGCCGACAAGGGCGCCGAACUGCGGCCGCCGCCGUCCUGA